AUGGAUGUGGAAGGAAGAAAUAAAACGGUAUGGCCGCCACAUAUUUACAUUCUCAAUGUAGGUUUUUGGAAUUGCCUCAACGGAAUUCUCAACGAUAACUUUUUGAAUAUCAAACGCAUUAAAGUGUGCUUAAGUGGUUUAGACGUAUCCGUUCAAACAGUAAAUGACUUUCUUCGUUUGUCAUCAUCCCUGAGACAUGCCAAUAUACGGUUUAAGGCCUACACAAUAGACCAAGGGCUUCUUCACCACCGUGUAUUAAUUCGUGGGGUACCUAUAGACAUAGAACUUGAUACGAUUCACAGAGAUUUCAUUAAACAGGGUGUCCGUGUUAACGAGGUGCAUCGCCUCUUGAGAUUUGACCAAAAUCCGUUGGACAUUGUGUUGGUAAUAGUUGAUAACACACCUGAGGGUUUAACUAUAUUUCAAGUCCGCACUCUACUGGGUAUAAAUGUGUCCGUAGAAGUUCUCAACACUACUGUCUGCGUUCGAUGCAAAAGAUUUGGUCAUGAUGAAUGUGAUUGUAUUAUUUCUGAGCAUCUUUUACCAAGCCCUCCAAUUUCUUACAAGCCUCAAGAACCCAGCGUUGAUAUCAUUGAUGACCUUAUGUAUAUUGCGCAGUCGACAAGUACUUCGAAUGCCAUCUGUCCAAUUUAUCAAUCACCAACGCAUGCCGUACCUAGAGUUGAUCAGGAGGCUUUUGUCCGUUUAUUUGAAUUCAUACGAUCCGUUAAACCGGAAGAAAUUGAUGCUUUGAUUUUCCAACUUCGUCAAUGUAAUGGUUGUCUCGCUGACAUCAUGGGAAUAUAUGAAGCUAACAAAGAUUUGAUAACGACCGUAUAUAAAUUAUCAACGGCACUAUGA